CAGCGCCUUCAGGGCACUCAGAAGACAGCGCUUUAAUCCUCGCCAUCGGAUUGACAUCGUUUUUAUUGACGGCGCUGGACAAUCUGAGGGUGCUGUUGAUGACGGAGGGCCGACCAGGGAAUUUUUCAGGCUGUUAGUUGUUGCCAUUAAAGACAGCAUUUUCUUUAGUGGGAGCGAAGACGGCAAGAACUUAACACUGGUAUCUCGGGCUCUGGCUUCUGGGGAAUAUAAAUUGGUGGGGAAAAUGAUUGCUCUUGCCCUCAUUCAUGGAGGCACAAAGCCAUCAUUUUUCUCAGAAAGAUUGUAUACAGAAAUAUCUGGGCAAGAAACAUCAGAUGUGACCUUGGAGGAAGUGGAUGACUGGGACGUAAAAGGCAAACUUCAAAGGAUAAUGGAUGCAACAUCCUUGGAGGAGGCACAGGAUGCUGUGGCAGAGGCCUGCGGGUUCCUGUCUUUGCUGGGUUGUGCAUCAUUUUUAUCAACCUUUGAGCAAAGACUCACCCUUGUGAAAGAGGCAGCCAGGGCUUUUGUUGUGGGGCGCACACAAGGUGCCAGAACACAGCUUGUUGAAGGCUUGGAAACCCUGGGUGUUGCGGAAGCAGUGCGAAGUAAUCCUGGGACUCUGAAAGCUUUGUUUGUUGGGGGCCAAAAACAGGUUCAGUUGGAAGAGCUCCUCAAGCUCUUCAAUGUGUCUUUUUCUGCUCCAGGAAGCAACAGGAGGCAGUUGGAAAACACUGCUUUCAUAUUUUGGAAGGACUGGCUGCUGGAGGUGGACGAGGGAAGCAGGCCAGUGACUCUAGGGCAGAUUCUUGUGUUUGCUUCAGGGACAGACACCAUUCCACCACUGGGAUUUCCCACUCGCCCAAAACUUGUUUUUUUACAUUGGGAAGGGGUUCCAAGAAUUUUUCCUGAAGCAAACACAUGUGAUGUAACCUUACGGCUGCCAUUGCACUCCAGCUACUCGGCUUUUGUGGAGCACAUGGAGUCGGGGAUAAUCCAGUCCCCCACUUUCGGCUUUGCCUAGUUGUAGGUAGCGCAACGAAGUUUCUUUAUUCUUUUUAUGAGUUUUUUUUUAUUUAUUUAACCUUUAUUUAACCAGGAAAGUCCCAUUGAGAUUAAAAACCUCUUUUCCUAGGGAGUCCUGGCAGUUAUUCUUUUAGUUUAUACAAACAAUUUUGAAAAUGAAUUAUCUUCUGAAUUAUGUGAAUGUGUAUAGCAGUUAAAAUAAUACUACAGUAAAAGAGGCAUAACGAUCAAAUUGCAUCUCACUAUUACAAAAUCAAAUUAAAUGAUCAAAUUAAAUCUGAAUUAUAAUGAGAGUACCGGGGGAGAAAAAACUAAUCUUUCUCUCUCUCUUUUCAGCUUUCCAGAAUUGCAAAUCCUGAGGGAAUAUUUUCUUUCAUGUUAAAGACAAAUUGCAAGUUUUGUCGAAUUCUGUUAAUAAAUUUUUUUAUUGUUUAAUUAAAUCAAUAGCAUUUGUCUCUUCAUUUCCAAUUUUCAAAGGCCUUAGCAUUUAGUGCAAUUUAUUGAAUCAACUGAGUUGUUUGGGAACUGGAGUGCGGCCCCACGACCCGGUCCUGGACGAGCGGAGGAAGGUGUUUGGUAUGAAACUUUGGUAUUAGUUUAAUGAUUGCUUAUCUCUCUUUAAAGCUUCUGACAAAAUGUCAUAGAUGACUUACCUUCUCAAAUUUUAGUGGUUCGAGUAACUUACAUUAAUGGAAAUAAUGCAAAUCUUCGACUGGAUUUUAAUAUUUUCUUUGUAAUCUGUUAUGCAUUCAUUUGACCACAAAAUGGCGCUCUCAGGACCAGUGUUGUGCUCUUUUUAGCCCGUCUGAUCCUCGUUUAUCCACCCGAUUUGUGACAUGUUUGAUAAAUUUCUGUUAUUUUUAAAGACUUAAAUAAUAGUUUCAUCUCCAUAUUUAAUUGAAGCCAUACCUUGUGUAUGAAUUAUCGCCCUAACCCAUAUAUAGCGCGGUCGCCAUUUUGUAGGGUUUUCCGAAUAUACAGUUUAAAAAUCUUGUGCACUAGAAAUUUCCCAGACUUUGGUUUUACUCCCAGUGCCCCCAGAAAUAUUGCUCUCCUCAUCUUUAUCAUGCCAAAUGCUCUCUCCACCACAGAGUGUGUCCUGGUUGU